GAGAGAUUUUUCCAUCCUGUGGAAUUUUCAGGGCUUUGCACAGUAUUCUGUACUCUUCUAUGGUUAUUACAAUAACCAGAGGACAAUUGGAUGGCUCAAGUUCAGGAUGCCUCUUUCAUACUUCCUUGUUGGAGUUGGAACUAUCGGCUACAGCUUUAUGAUUGUAAUUCGAACAAUGGCAAAGAAUGCAAAUGAUGAUGGUGGUGGGGAUGAUACGAGUUUUAAUUUCAGCUGGAAAAUGUUCACAAGCUGGGACUACCUGAUUGGCAAUCCUGAGACAGCAGAUAACAAGUUUGCUUCCAUCACAACAAGCUUUAAGGAGGCAAUUUUGGAGGAGCAGGAGAGCCGAAAAGAGGAAAAUAUUCACUUGACCCGAUUCCUGAGGGUUCUUGCUAACUUCUUAGCCCUAUGCACACUUGCUGGGAGUGGCUACCUCAUCUUUUUUGUCGUCAGAAGAUCUCAGAAAUUUGCCCUGGAAGGUCUGGAGAACUACGGGUGGUGGGAAAGAAAUGAAGUGAACAUGGUUAUGUCACUUUUAGGAAUGUUCUGCCCAACUUUAUUUGAUGUAAUUAGUUCUCUGGAAAACUACCACCCUCGCAUAGCUCUAAGAUGGCAGCUGGGACGAAUCUUUGCUCUUUUUCUUGGCAAUCUCUACACUUUCAUUAUUGCCCUAAUGGAUGAAAUCAAUCUCAAGUUGGAAGAAGAAAAGAUAGUCAAGUAUAACAUGACAAUAUGGGAAGCCAGUCUGUAUAAUGGUACUAUUCCAGAAAAUUCAACUGCUCCUCCAAUACAGGUGGAUCCUGCAGAUGUCCCCAGAGGGCCAUGCUGGGAAACAAUGGUAGGACAGGAAUUUGUGCGGUUGACAGUCUCUGACACGAUGACAACAUACAUCACAAUUCUAAUUGGUGAUUUCUUGAGAGCUGUCUUUGUUAGAUUUUUCAAUUACUGCUGGUGCUGGGACUUGGAGUAUGGAUUUCCAUCAUAUUCUGAGUUCGAUAUAAGUGGAAACGUGCUGGGAUUGAUCUUUAACCAGGGCAUGAUCUGGAUGGGAUCCUUUUAUGCUCCAUGCCUCCCAGCGAUCAAUGUGUUCCGUCUCCACACUUCCAUGUACCUGCAGUGCUGGGCAGUGAUGUGCUGCAAUGUCCCCCAAGAGAGGGUCUUCAAGGCUUCCAGAUCCAAUAACUUCUACAUGGCCAUGCUGCUUUUCAUUCUCUUUCUCUCCACACUGCCUGCUGUAUAUACCAUUGUCUCCAUCCCACCAUCUUUUGACUGUGGUCCUUUCAGUGGGAAGACUAGAAUGUUUGAAGUAAUAUCAGAAACUCUGGAGCAUGAUUUCCCGUCCUGGUUUGGGAAGGUAUUUGGCUAUGCCUCUAACCCUGGACUUGUCCUACCUUUUAUAUUGCUGAUGGUCCUGAGUAUUUAUUAUCUCAAUGCUACAUCCAAAUCCUACAAGGAAGCUAACCUGGAACUGAAGAAGAAGCUACAAAGUCAAGCAGAAGAAAAUAAAAGAAGAAAUAAACAAAGGGCACAGAAGUCAAAUGAACAAGAGGAAAAUCCAUUUGAGACAGAAGCAUCGCAGCCAAAGGAUAAAGGAGCCAAGCAAGAUGAAUCCACACCAAACCAAAACAACACGAAAGGACAGAAUGGUAAGGAAGAAAAGAAGACAGGCCAGCCACAAGAAACCAGCUCCUCUCAGGCACUUCAGCAUCCAGGUCCUGCCCUGAAUGGCCACUAUCCCCCACAAGGCAGAGGAGGAAACCUUCCUCCCCCCUCCAUAGCUGUGACGAGGCCACCAGGGCCCAGGGGUUAUGGAGGACCGGGCUACACACCCGGAAAUCCACGCUUCCCGGGGCCACAACCAGGAGUUCCCAGGGGCCCUCCCAACUACAGAUAA